CUUGGCUGUGGAGAGUCCGGGGAGAGGUUUUAAGGUCGCGCUGUCGGAGGGUCACGUGGUUGGGGACGCGGCGCUAUGCUCGGCACGCUGAAGAGUUUCUCGCCGCCCGGGGAAGGGGUGAGGCGGCAGCAGGACGAGACCGAGGCCGUGCUGAGCGGGGAGAAGCUGGGGAGAGGCACGCUCUACAUAGCCGAGAGUCGCCUGUCAUGGCUGAAUUCACUGGGCCUGGGCUUCUCUCUGGAAUAUCCCUCCAUCAGUCUGCACGCCAUCUCCAGGGACACCGCCGCUUACCCCGAGGAGCAUCUCUACGUCAUGGUGAACGCCAAACUGGCAGAGAAGGAUGAAACGGAAGCAAAGAUGGACGAGGAAAGUGACGAGGAUGACGAUGACGAGGGGCCAAUCACAGAAAUACGUUUCAUUCCCGAGGAUAAAGCAGACUUAGGAGAGAUGUUCUCUGCCAUGUGUGACUGCCAGGCUCUGCACCCCGACCCUGAAGAUAACGACUCGGAUGAUGAUUUUGAAGGAGAAGAGUAUGAUGUGGAGGCUCACGAACAAGGACAAGGUGACCAUCCCACGUUUUAUACCUACGAGGAAGGCUUGUCUCAUCUCACUGCUGAAGGACAGGCCACCUUGGAGCGGUUAGAAAGCAUGUUGGCCGACUCCGUAGGAGGUCAGCACACCAUGGCCGGGGUCCGGACUGAAGAUUCUGCUCUGGAAUUUGAAGAUGGUAUGGAUGUGGAAGCUUUGCCUCCAGUCGCUGGGCAGUUUGAAGAUGCCGACGUUGAACACUGAUUAUAUUCUGGUGCCGAAGGGACAUGUUCCAGAUCCAACCACUGUGACAUCUGACACAUUUCCAUUAGUCCCGCUUUACAUAACUUUCUACUCAUUCCCCCGGAGCCACCUUGUGGGU